AUGCCAAACUUCGAGCGCACGACGUCCGUAUUGUCGUGCUCCUCGGCCGAUACCCUCGCCAACAGCACCUGCCAGCCCGAGCCCACCAGACCACAGGGCGAGAUUCCCUUCGUCCGGAGGCGUCUCCUGCACGAGCAGACCGUUGCACUCCUCGCGAUGUUUGAGCACAAGACUCACCCAUCCAAGGAAGAGCGGACUGCGCUUGCUGAGGAGCUCGGCCUGGAACUCAAGACUAUCAGUGCUUGGUUUCAGAAUCGGCGGCGGAGUAUCAAGAAGAAAUCUCUCAUAUGGAGACGCAAUGCCCAGGAAAAUCGCUACGGUUCCGGUACAGGACAACCAAGUGCCGUCUCAGUGAUUUCGCUGGAUUGCGUGGCAUCUGCUCACGAGCGCCCUUCAUAUACCCGUCCUGAAUCACCAGUACGAUCCCCCCUCACUCCGCGUCGUGUCAAUACAUCAAGAAGGUACUUUUCCCCAGAGAAGCCUGAGAACAUAUGGGACCACAUCCCUUCUUCCCCGCCGGUGCAGCCAUCAUCUCCCACAGCUGAGAGCGUUCGCAUAGCUGCACUUCCGAAGCGGUCGAAGACGCUGCGCUCGUUGGAGUGGGCCUGUGCCAAAGCGCGAGCAGGACGGAUCAUCGAGGAGGAGCCAGAGGAGGACGAUUGGGACGUGCCAAUGCUGGUUUUGGACAAGGAGAGUAGACACGGUCGUGUCGACAACGGCGAGGAAACCGAGGCGGAGGAGUACGAGGCCAUCACGCCAGACGUCAGUGCGGUGCACUUGACGCCGAUUCAGUUGUCCCCUGGAUCGUUGACUAACGAGAAGAAGAGCCCUCUUUCGGGAGACAUGGAGGCUGCUAUGGCACUUCUUGGAUUCAUGGGUCGACGCUCACUCGGAGGGUGA